AUUUCUUCAAAAACAGAUAUCACACAAGCAUGCAAAGCACACCAGAAAUAUUAUCUUCCACGAUGAAGGGGAAAUCUUGCGUGGACCGUCCUGAGGCUUACGCCGAUCGAUCUCAGGAUAAGCCUGGUGGUGUCCCUCCCAUCCCUUCUGAACUCAUACAUCACAUACUCAAAUACCUGGGAAAUAAAGACCUGGUGAACACGGCAAUCGUGUCCCAAAGCUUCCGGUUCAUUUCUCAGCGCGUGAUCUACAGGAACGUCGAACCCGCCGAGGACAUGAUCAUACCAUGCCUCAGAUGUUUUGCGUCGUACCCACAUCUUGCAUCCUGUGCUCGUACUCUCAUCUUGGCUGAUGCUACUCGACAUUAUGACGUUUUCUUCAAUUACUUCAACCUGCUGCGUCGUGCCUUGCUAAACGCGUCUUCACUCACCGAUCUUACAAUCCUCCUCGACGGCCCUUACGCAAAAUAUUUGCAUGGAUGUUCAUUUCGACUUCGUUCUCUCACUACAACACUCGACUGGGACAAGGACUUCAUCAAAUUAAUUACAGAGCAGACGGAACUGCGCAAUGCCAUGUUCGGCGGAAAAUUCGUGAAAGACAUGGUUCUGCCUAGCGACACUCUCACAAAGCUUACAAGGGUCUCUGCAUCUCCUCUGGUACUGGCUGCAGUAGUUCCCAAUCGAAAAAUCAAGGAAGUGGAACUCUGUUUGCUACAUCAAGCGCUUUUCAAAGACGAUAUCCUCAAUACUGCAUCAAACAUACUUUCCUAUUCUACCGGCCCAUUGACCGCACUGCAGGUCAUCACCCGUCUAAGCGACACAACGAGUGCACUUGCAGCAUUCAAAGCGAUCGCAAAGAACCUACCAAAACUGAAUUCGUUUGCCUUUUACUCAAGUGAUGGAGUUGUCUCGCAGGAACUUCUGGAAGCCUUUCCAGAAUUCCUCUCCGGCUUCGAAUGCCUCAGGUCGUUGACACUGAUGUCACGAAAUAAAGCCGAUGCACUACACGACAAAACUUUGACGGCUACCCUCGCGUCAAGGUGGCACGCAUCAUGUCCCUCUUUGCAAAGCAUCUCACUCGCGGGAUCUAUAUGGCUGCAUAACACUCGGCAUGGUUGGGUGACGUUGGCAGAUCUUGAGCGUCUCCUGCGAGAACGAACGAUUUCGCUGGAAGAGGUGAAGAACAACAUAGAUGAGGUCGAUGAAGACACGGAGCAGGGAAAUCAGAUGGAGCGGCAGAUGAUCGUGCUUCGUGAUAGUAUCCUCCAGUUUGGUGGUCCUUGAUAGGCGAGAUCUCUUAUGCUACGUAUACGUUCUGACGGGACAUGCUGAG